GCAUAUUGGUUGAUUAGGAGCUUGCCGAGGAAGCCUAGCACAUUUUUCUACCAGUCUGCAGCUUGUGAGCUGGAUUGUCUGCCCUUGGGAGAGUCACAAAAGACUGGGGAUGUGAAGUUGCCCCAUAGUCUUUCCCACUUCAUGAUUUGUUUUAAUGCUAUGUUGUGCUGUUUGAGACAUAUUUUAUGGGAGUGCAGAGGCAUUUCAAAAGAAAGAAAAAUUUUGACGCAAGUCACAAGUCGCUGGUUUAACAUCUUAGAGGGAGCUACGGUAAUAUGUAAUUCAUCCAGAGUUGUAGAGGUGACGAAGUGAUAACGACUUUCAAAUAGGAAGAAUAGUAGUCUAAGAAUGACCAUGUGUUCUUUGGUUGGCUCGUCGUAUUACCGGCCAUUUGGUUUAAGGAGUGACGCUGUUUCUCCGCAAGCUGCAGAUGUCAUUGACAACGGGCUCAACACACAUGACAGAGAAAUAGGAAAAAAGUUUGAGAAUAAGUUUACGCCAGAGAAACGUAUGCAAAAUGGUGACGAUGAUCUUGUGAGAAAACAGGGAAAAGAGGACAUUGAAGCAGAAGCUUUACGAGAAAAAUAUCAGAACUAUAUUCGUUCCAAUUCGUCUGAUAUUGAGAGUGACCCGGAAAGAGAUGAGUUGAACUUGAGUAAGCAAGCCGAAGGCUAUGAUAAAAGAAAUCGCAACUUUGGUUUUACGCAACAUUUACCAAGCAAUAUCAAUCCAUACGCCUCGGCUUUCGGAGCUGAGGAAGCUAGGCUAAGGUUUAAUUUGGAAUCCGCUCAAUUUAAAGAACGGUUAGGCUCGAUUGGAAUUUCACCAUUUGGGGACGAGGCGAUUCACAGACGUUACUCACUUCAGGAGACGGUUCCAGAGUCGAGCAAACUCACAUCACAGAGUUCAAGUCCGCCAUUGAGUCCGCGAUCACAGUCUCUGCAGAGUUCACCUCUUCCAUCUUACAAUGGUCAAGGCCAUGGUCCAAGAUCGGUCCACGAUUUGUCAUUUGAAGAACAAGAUUCCAACUCCUUCCUGCCACGUAUAAAAGAGGGGCUUUUCUUUUGUCAUCUCUGCAGUUUCUCAGGUACUACACAAGGAGACUUUGACCAACACAUGACUGUACAUUUUGAACAUAUAUGCCCGCAUUGUGACUACAAGUCGAGAACUGAGGGACGUUUGAAGAGACACAUCAAAGAUUUUCAUACGGAAGAUCCCGACGGAGGAUACAAUAGAACGAUGCCAGGAAGGCCAAAAGUAUUCCGUUGUAAACAGUGCGAAUAUUCCACCACUGACAAGAUUGAAUUCUGGACCCAUUCACGGUCACAUAUAAAGGAAGACAAGCUUCUACAGUGCCCGAGAUGUCCGUUCGUUACAGAAUAUAAACAUCAUCUCGAGUAUCAUCUACGCAAUCACUUCGGUUCAAAGCCGUUCAAAUGCCCGAAAUGCAACUACGCCUGUGUGAACAAGUCCAUGUUGAAUUCGCACAUGAAGUCUCAUACGAACGUCUAUCAGUACAGAUGUGCUGAUUGUACAUAUGCUACCAAAUACUGUCACAGUUUGAAACUUCAUCUACGCAAGUACAAUCACAAGCCUGCGGCUGUUCUCAACUCUGACGGCAGCCUUCCACAGGGCGUAGACGCUACGGCUUCUGGUCUCUCUUUGAUGGCUAAACGUGGACCACCCCGCGGACCUAGGGGACCUAGGAAAGAUAAGAUGGACCAGAGUCCAGGAAGUUUCUUACCAAUGCCACCAACAUCUAUGGCACCGCUACCAGGGUUACCAGGUAUGGUUUCGCCAUUCUGGCCACUGAUGCAAGGACAGAUGCCAGGUCGUCUCCCACAUCCACUAAGUCUCGGACCAAGGUUCAAUCCUCAGUUUGCCAGAUUUCCAAACUUCGGAAUCAAGUCAGAAGAAAUGAAAUCCCCACCCUCCUCGUCAAAUUCCGAUCCAUUUAAGUGCAAUUUUUGUAGCUUCGUUGGUACUAGUCGAGAAAUUCUUACAAGUCACGUGGUAAAGGUACAUGCUUCUGAGAAUCAAGACUUGUUUUCCAUGUUCGGUCUGUCAUCAGAGUCAUUGUUAGAAGACAAUCAGAAGAGAAUGAAUGCACUCAGUUCUUUCCGUUCUCCUUUGAAGUCGCCCAGAAUAGAUGCAUUCAGUCCUGGAAUGGAGCUGAACCUUAAUGGGAAGAAAGAGUCGGACGGAAUGCAGAAAGUCAAGCGAGAAAAAGAGGAAGCUUUGAAUAUGUCACCAUUUGCAUUUAUGAAUGGUAAAUUCCAUGGAGGAGUCCAGGGAGCAGGACACGUAAAAGAUGAGGGAAUUGAUAUUCUGAAGCAGAUGACCUUGAAAUUUGGUUCAGGCCCAGUUGAUUUGAAACGCAAACUUCCUGUUGAUCCAGUCCCAGUCUCGUCUGAAGGUCCUGCAUCCGACAGCCCACUAGACUUGACAAAGCCUCGCAGCUCGCCACCUGUUUAUCAGCAGGAAGGCAGUUACAAACAUGAUGAUGCCGAAGGGGAACACUCAAGUGGAGAGAACUCUGUCUACUCCAAUGAAGUAAUGUCGCCGACUCCGAGAAAACGUUCAAGAAAAGGCAAAGCAUUUAAGCUCGAUACGUUAUGCAUGAAGUUGCAAGAGAAGCAAGGCAAUAUGUAUGAAAGUGAUGACGACUCGGCAGCAGAAAUGGAUGAAAUGUACACAUCUGAUCUCCUUCCUGUUGAAGCAGACGGACAGUCCCCAGAAGGAUAUAGUGGAAACGACAAUAGUUACGCAGAAAAUGACUCGGACAAUGAAAAACGAGAGAUGGAAAAUGGUGAGGAGAGAGAUAAUGCGGAGACAAAUGAGAUGGCUGAGGUGGAUCCAGUUUUCUCUGAAACAGGUGAUGAAACAGAUAAUAAGUCUACAGCUGAGGGUGAGGACAUAAAUGUGGACAGUUCAGAGAAACUUCCUGAAGAAGAUCUUAAACAGAUUCAUGCCAGUCUUGAAAUGUUGAAUGAAAAAUCAAGCUUGAAGGAAGAUAAUGCAGAAGUUAAUGAGAAGGCAGUAGUAGAUAAUGGCAAACCCAGUGAUGGUGAUGCCGAAAAGAUUGAUGAAGAUUUCAAGAAGUCGCCAUCCCCACCUGGAUUUCAGAGUCACAAUCGUCGUAAGCCAGUUGCAGCAGCCAUCCAACGUGGAGCAGAUAUUGCAUGGAAAAUUUUGAAUGAUCCGAAAAUGGCCGAUCCGGCAAGACUGAUUAAGAAUGGUGACAAUGGACAUAAGCUGGAGUUGUCUCCCUUAGAUAAGAAAUUGUGGCUGGAUGCUCCUUAUUGUACAAAAUCGCAGAAAGGUGAUUAUGAAUGUCCCCAUUGUCAGAUUUCAUUUGGAGACUGUAUAAUGUAUACAAUGCAUAUGGGUUACCAUGGCUACAAAGACCCAUAUAAGUGCAAUAUGUGUGGAGACACUUGCAAGGACAGGGUGGAGUUCUUUCUCCAUAUUGCUCGUGCUGCACAUAAUUAGUGAAACAUGAAAAUCCCAUGCAAACACACUUAGUGCUUUUAGACUGUAGUUCGCAUUGAAGAAGUUUCCAGAUGUGCUUCAAGAUGUUGAGCUGAUGGUAGCAGUUUUCCAGUUACAGACAUUAUCACUUGUGUGUCCUGUUUGCUCCAAUUGCAAAAUUGUAUAAGAAAUCGAGGUAGAUGUUAAAUUUAAUAAAUACAUGUCAGGAAGCUGUAACUUGGUCCUUGGUUGAAAAAAAAUGAGUUUGGAGACCAGUCACACAGUGUCGUCACCUGAUUGGUUGAUUUAAAAAAUUGACCAAUGGCAAGGCUGCAUUUUGGGACUGGUCUACAAAAUUCAGUUUUUCAAUCUUAGACUCUUAAUAUAUUCAUAGAUACGUACAACUUUUGGGCUACAGUCCUUCAUUAUAGCCAGUGCUUAAUGUUACCUUUAAUUUUACUAGUCAGUUUACAUAAUUUUGUAUGUAUUAUAUGCUACACAAGUCCUUUUGUAAAUAGUCCAGUCAUUUUGUUUUGCAGAAGUCUUCACUCUGCCGCAUUUAUCCAUUUGAUAACAUUUUCUAUAUUCUUUUUGAAGUGACAUUCCAAUUUGUUUUGAUACUUGCUAAGAAUGUUGAAAAUUGAUUUUAUUGCAAUUUCAAUUUUAUAUCAGAUGUCUCUUCAUAACUUUUUGAUUCUUUCGGCUUUCAGGAAAUAUUUUGAAAAAAUAUAGAAUUUCAGAAACUUGUUAAAAAAAAUUUUUUUUCGCAAGAAAUUGAUAUGCCAUAAAAAGUGUUUUUUAACAUCACUUAUAUAUCCUUACAUUUAUGUAGUAUUAUAUUCCAAAAUGUAUACAGUUUGUUAACGAUGUUUAUAUUUUUGUUAAUUUAUUUUAGUCCUUUUUUUUUUUGUUCAGUAUAAUCAAGAUAAAUUGUCUGUUUUCAAUUGUUAUUUGACUGUAUAUUAUGUAUGUUGUAAAAAAAGUGAGGCCUAAACUUGAAUACAUUCAUGGACACACUAUACAUUACUAAGUUUGUCAACAAAUGGCUGUAGCACAUUUGGUUUAGUUCUUGAUAUAAUGGACAGAUAAUGAUGUUCGGCAGUUUCCGUUCCAAUAUUAUAUUCUUGUACUGUGAAAUCAUUAAUAUUCGUGGGGGACUAAUUUUCAUGGAUUUCGUGGUAGGGUCAAUCCACGAAAAUUAAUCCCAACGAACAAGUAAAAUUCCCAUUCAUAUUAUGUUCAAAAGUUGAAGUCCACGAAUUCUUAUCCCCACGAAAUAUUCAAAUUGCCGUUUUGACCAAAACCACGAAAUUUCAUGCCCACGAAAUUAAAUGAUUUUACAGUAUGCCAUUUUGGAUUGCUUUGUUACUUAAUAUAGCUGGUACAAGCACAUGGUUUUCUGAACCUAUGGGGAAUGCUGAAAUAGUAUAAGUAAAAUGCAGAGUUGACUAGAAAUUGCCGUUAGUCAUUAUAGGUCUGCUACCUUAAAUGUUACAGUAAGUAUACAGUAAGGAAAAGAAGCCUUUCAUUUUCGUUAUAAUUCGUUAAGUCCUGUUACAGUUACUGGUUUGAGAGUCUUGUCUGACUAGAAUGAAUGAAUUUUGAAAAUGUUAAAAUUAUCAGAUUUAACAAGAAAUGGUCUAAAAGAUCGAGUCAGCAAAGUCACCCUGCUAAAAUUUAUCACCGAUGUGAACCUGUUAAUACAGAAAGUAAGGAUGAUUUUCUCGGCAACUUUUAUAAAAGAGCAAAGAAAACUAUUAACACAUUUCCUUACAAACUGUUAUUAUUUGCUGGGGGAAAAAUUGCCAUUUUGGUUGUAAAAGUUAGUUUUUUUUGCAUUGAAGUAGUUGACAUGUAACAACAGUCAGCAGUUUUUUGUUUGAUCAUUAAAUGUAUGAUAUAAGAGAUUGCUAUAGUAUUUUUGUUGUCAUGGUGAAAUAUUUCAUGGUUUAGGUCUUGUGAAAAUUACAUAUUUGUUUUAUUUGUUUGGUUGACAAAUGUGCCUAGUAUUGAAUCCAACUUUUUGAGAAAUCCAUAUUUUUGUUUGUUUGUUACUUUAUUUUAUAUGAUUGUAUAGUAAGUACACCUACACAAGGUUUAUGCUGUCUGGUUGGUUACUACUUGCUUUGUGUUUUACCAAUUCUGUUACAGGACUUUCUUCUCCAGAAAAGCCACCUGUUCUUUACUUUUCAACACCUAAAACGUUAGAAUAUCUUAGUUUUGCAUAAAAGCAACAUGUGCAUGUUGUAUUGUAAAAUUUAGAAGAAAAUGAUUUUUGUUAAGAUCUUUUUCAUUGGUUAAAGUUUUAGUCAGAUUGUUUUUUUAAAAAAGCAUUUUUUUGAUCUUAUCAUAAAACCUGAGUAGAGAUUAAAAGAAGAUUUACCUACCAUUCUUUGAGACCGUUUGAAUGAUAUUUAUUUAACUUGCACUUGACUUCUGCUCAGUUAGGAGGAAACGUUCCAGAAAACUCUUGUGAUGGAAUUUUUGAAACAGAUUGUUAUUGUGUUUUAGCAAGGGCUGAGCGUGAAAUGAUUGUACCUUGUUCUUUAUUUAUAUACAAUUACAGUAGUUUCGUGCUCGUCCCUGGAAUAAUGUGUUUUGUCAUGAAUCGUUUACCUGUGCAAUGUCAGACGGCCCCAAUGGGAAUAAAUUCCUACAUUUCUGAAAUUUUAAAAGGGGUUGAUAAAUUUCAUUGAGAGUUUAAUUAGAGAUGUUGUAAUUACGUGUUGGACCUUUGCCGCAUUUCAAAAGUGGUUAGACUUCGGAACAGUAUAAUUUGAGCGGCGCCAUGAGAAAACCGACAUUUGCGACCAGCAUGGAACCAGACCAGACUGCGUGGAUGCGCAGACUAUUCUGGAACCAUGCUGGUCGCAAAUGCAUUAUGUUAGUUUUGUUAUGGUGCGGCUCAAAUGUGUAGCAAGCAGCACGAUUAAAUUUUUCCAACAAAUUACAGCCGAUGCAAUACACCAUGCAUUCAUGUAGAAGUAUGAAUUUCUAACUUCUCUGUAAACUUGCUUUGUAAUGUCAUUUUGAGGCACUUGUCAAAAAGUCUUUUACUUGUAACAGUGAGCAUAUUUAUUCUCCAUUUUCACAGCUUUCAUGUCUUCAUUGUUAGUUUGAACAGGGAAUACUCUAGUCACAGUAAACAAUUGUUUCGACACAUACCGCAGAUAUCCAUGUAGAAUGCGCACAUCAAUGUAUAAUGUACAUAGCAGUAAAACUCAUCAGUGUUUUUCAAUGCGAAAUUAAAGACUUGGACAUAAAAUGCAUUUUUUCUCAACAAUUCAUUCUUCCUACCCAUAAUUGGCAGACAUUCCAGGAUGAGUUUUUGUUUUUUUCCCCAUUAUCAUUCAGAUAUUUAGCUCAACUUGUGUAUAUUUUACCUUGCCAAUAUGUUAAAACAAUGCCUUUUUUCUCAGGGAUAAGUUAAUAGUAUUUAUUGUUAACAUUUCCAGUUUGUUAUUUGUAGCCAAUUUUACACUUGUUAAAAAAUUAGGGACCAGUUAUUCUGAGGUGAUCUAGGUUAAUGUAUGUUUUGUUAUCUCCCCUUAAUUCUAUGCUUGAUCUGGUGAAUAUAAAACUACAUUCUAUUGGUCAGUUUCAAAUUCCUGUUUAUAAAUGACCAAUCAAAAGCUGAGCUGGACUUUUGAGACAAGACUGGUUACCAGACUCAGUUCUAUAGACCUUUAACUCCAGUUUUAUAAUAUUGAAUUUCAAGACCAGUCUUAAGAAUGUUACCUUGCCAUUGGUCAUGUACCAAUUGGCAUUCAUAUAGGUCUAUGAGAUGCUGGAGUGAACUAGACAGUUUUCAGAAACUGGUCCCUGUUACAUGUUAUUCUUAUAUAUCCAUAGUAGUUUGUAGUAAUUGUACAUUUAUCUAUACAGAAAUCCAAAUGUAAAAACAGUAAACGAAUUAAGUGGUUUACUACACACAGACUUCUAUCAUUUCACAUACAAAACUGUUUUUGAUGAGCCUGAUUGCAAGAGCUUGUAUUAGAAUGUUUAAGGUUUUUUCAAACCCUUGUGCAUGCACAGAUUAUGUAUUUUCUGUAAUUUGAAACACUUUUCUUUUAGACAUACUCAUUCAGUUGAAGCAUGGGCAUUAUGUAUGUGCAUUUAAAAUUAUACUUGGUUUUUUGUUGUCUGAUUAGAAAAUACUUGUUUGCAUAACAAACAUAUCCCAUACAUCAAUACAAAAUGUACCAGUAUUCCAUUUUGACUAGUUACCAGCUACAUAAUAUUUUUUGAGCCAAUAUUGUUUGAAACUCGUAUUGUGUUAUUACCUGUCAUGUCAUCAUGUUAUAUUUCAAUUUUAUCUUGUUAUUUCUGUUAUUGAGAUAUCUUGUUUUUCCUUUUAAACAUUUUCUGCAUCUGUUAAUAAUGAUUGAAAGAUAUUUUAUAGGUUUUAUAGACACAGUUAAUCUUUAAGCCACCAAGAUACAGUACAGAAAUUGUUAUUUUGCACAAGAAGUGCGGAUUAAAAUGAAACUUUUCAUAGAAAUCAAGUGUUACAUGGCUCACAUUUUUACAAUCAUUUCUAUUAACAGUAAUUAAAAUUAGAUGGAUGAAAGAAGAAUGCAUUUUUUGAUGAAUGAACUGGCUCUGCAUUAUUACACUUGGAUGAAAGAGCUCUGAAUAUUCAUGCGGAGAAGAGAUGAACUUGAUAAGCACAAGCCCUGUUCUUUAUACAUACACACAACCAGCUUUGGAUUUAGAUUUACAAAUAAACACAUAUUUUAGUGUCGCAUAUAACGUAUUAUUACCAAGAAAUUAUUAGAAUAAUACUAAAACCAUGCUACCUCAAUCAAGUUAAAACCUUGCCUUAUAGUCGCACACAUGUGCACAGUAGUAUAGUAUUAGUUAAUGUCUACCCUAGAAUUGUUUUAUCUUUCAUUUCUCGGAAGUAAAUUUUUUUUACUGUGAAAUCAUUUAAGAUAGUGGACCCGUAAUGGCAGUAAACAAUUUCCGUGCGAUUUCGUAUCCUUAAUAUGCAAUUUUGGCAUCCUUCGUAUGCAUUUUUGGCAUCCUUUGUAUGCUAUUUUGGCAUUCUUCGAAUGCUAUUUUGGCAUCCUUCGUAUGCUAUAUUGGCAUCCUUGGUAUGCGAUUUUGGUAUCCUUGAUAUGCUAUUUCGUAUCCUUCGAGUGCCAUUUUGGCAUCCUUCGGCUGUAACAGAAAAUUAAUUUUUCAUAACAAGCGGAGAUUGCCGAAAAUUGCAUGCCAAGAAUACGAGCGUAAGGAGAUGAAAAUUGCCGCCUGUCAUUACAGGUCCACUACCUUAAUUCUGUGGGUACAAAAUUUUCGUGGUUUUACCUAAAACGGCUACAUGUAUUUCGUUAGGAUAUGAACCUCUGGAUUUCCACUUACAAGAUAAAAGGAUGGAAAUUUUGAUUGUUUGUUGGGAUUAAAUUUUUUGGAUUGAUACUGCCAUGAAAUCCUAUUAAAAAUAGUUCCUCAUGAAAUUUAUGAAAAAUUAGUCCACCACGAAAUCCACGAAAAUAAAUCCCACACAGAAAUGAUGAUUUUUCAGUACAGCCUUUAAAGUUUUAUCAGUCUUAGAUUUAAAGCUAUUUCAAAUAACUUGUGACAUAUUAAUUGAAGUGGCAUGUUUCAAAUGAUUUUAUACCUUAAAGUAAUACACUUGCUUAUGUAGGAAUGAUAAUCAGAAACUCCUCUUUUGAUCUUUCAUACUAAAUAAACAGAAAACUUUUUGAAGAAUUUAAGAUUUUUUAUAUUGCAACAUUUCAAAGUUUUAUGGCUACUGUUUGCUUUAGUGACAUAAAAAGUUGUUAUAAUAUUGGAAUUAAGACAGAAUUGCGCAGGAUUGAAUAUUUAAAUCAUAUUUGGCGAUUUGAGACCCAAUACAAUGCCCACCAUAGUUUUUUGUUGCAGUUCUAUUUUGAAGCUAAAAGACAAAACUUAAGUUAAGUGUUUGAUUUCCAGUAUGUCUCCAAGGAUAGAUUUUUUUUUUACAUUAUUCCUUGAAUUAUAGAGAAAAUUAUUAUUUAAAUAAGUUUUCUGUAUAUUAUGCAAGACCUUGUUAUCACUAAUUGAAUUCUAAUGUAAAACUAUUCUCAAUGUAUAAAUAGCGUCCAAGACAUCUAAAUUUGCAAAAAAUGUGAACAUUGAAUUACAGUUUAGUUUAUAUGGCUGUGUAGAUUUUGAUGUAGAUAAUUGAUUGAUGAUUUUUCUCUCUAUGUGCUCUUAAUGGUGUGUCAAUAAUCAUGUCCUUCAUGUAAACAA